CAUUAAGAGCUGCUCAUUGCAUUGGGUUGAUCAGAUAGUGUUUUGUUGCAGUGAAAUAAAUCGGCUCGUGAUGGACGGAUGCGCGGAGAUGUGUAAAUGUUUCCUGAUCCUGUUUAACAUCCUGUUCGCUCUGGUGGGGUCGGGUCUGGUGGCUUUAGGUAUGUGGCUCCGGUUCGGCGCUGAAACCAGAGGAUUCUUCGACAUCGAUCUGAACACGCCACAGUUCAACAUCGGUGUGAUGGUGCUGGUGGUCACUGGGGUCCUGAUGCUGCUGGUGGCCAUCAUCGGUGGUUGUGGUGCGUGUAACCACAGCAAAACAGCUCUCAGUGUGUUUUCUGGCCUGCUGUUUGUUCUGAUCAUCAUUGAAAUCACAGCUGGUGUGAUGGCCUUCAUGUGGAGUGGACGGCUGGCAGAUGAGUUGGUGAACUUCUACAACACCAUCUACGCUCAGUAUCUCAACACCAGGAGUCCUGGUCAAGCAGUCACCCUCAAACUAUUCCACAACGCUUUUGACUGCUGUGGCAUCGGUGGACCGAUUGAAGUGUUUGUACGAGACACCUGUCCAGACGGCGACAUCCUGCAUAAGCUCACAUAUUCUAGCUGUCCCAGCGUGAUCAAGCAGGUCUUCGCCUCGCACGCGCCGAUGGUGUUGGGAGGGUUUCUGGGGUUAGCAGGAAUCAUGAUGCUGGUGCUGGUGUGCAGCUGUGUCCUCAGAUGUCACGUCUCACCAUCUUAUGCGUCUUCUCCUUCAUACGUGCUCCUCACCUCCUCGCCGUCAGUCAUCUUUCCUCCUCCAGCUGCCCAGCAGAUAUAACCGUCUGUGUA